ACUCUUAAUACGCAGCAGCUAUGUAUGAUAAUGACCUAAUGAAAUCCCGAUUAGGGUUUGCGCGAUGAAUUGUCCCUCCCUUCUCGUUUCGUUAUCUUCAUUCGAUGGUUCAUGAGAUCUCCUCGACAUCUUACUCCCCAUUGGACUCCCAAGACAUACACGCGACAGAUUCACCACCGAACGAGACAGCCAGUCUCGCGACACAUGAUAUAGCAGCUUCCGCGGGGAUUAGAAAUACAAACAGAUCUAUCGGUUACGUUUAUCCAAAUCAACGGAGGAGAUUCAGCGCUGCAGCCACGCCCUUUCUUAACGAGGACCAUGACGGGGUGCCCGCAGGGCGGGGUAGCAGGAACCCUCUAAUAAAAAGUCGGUCUAUUGAGGUUGGGAUGUUGUCAAAACUAGACGGUCAGGUUCUCCAUUUCAUAAACGGGGAGAUUCAGAAACCACCUCACACUAAGAGUCACGCAGACAGGAUCAUCUUUAAUGUGAGCGGGAAAAGAUUUGAAACUACGUUUGAGUGCUUGAACGGCUUCCCUGAUACCCUACUCGGCACAGAAGAGGAUAGAAAAAAGUUCUAUGACCCAGUGAGGGACGAAUACUUCCUUAACAGAAACCAGGUAGCGUUUGACUCGGUGCUCUACUACUAUCAAUCCGAUGGUGAGAUCUACAGGCCAGCUAACAUACCUGAAAAAGUUUUUAGCAGAGAAAUCGAGUACUACCGGCUGUUUCCCUCGAAGCCGGCUGAAUCUAUCGCCACUUCAACAAUCCGACAAAACGGGUUCUGGAAGAGAUUCCAGCUUUUACUAUGGUUGUUCCUGGAAAAACCACAAUCGAGCUCCGGAGCCCGUAUUUGGGCCUCCCUCAACAUCAUAAUAAUUCUGAUAUCAGUCUGCAAUCUUAUUAGCGAGAGCAUGCCUGUGUACAGGCAUAAUCCAGAGGCAGAAAGAAUUUUCUUCUCCGUAGAUGCGUGCUGCGUUUCUUAUUUUACUAUCGACAUAUUAUUAAGAUUUAGCUCAUCGCCCUCAAAAAGAAAAUUCCUAAAAGAAGUAUUAAACUGGUUCGACAUGCUAGCGGUGUUGCCAUUUUAUGUAGAGCUACUUUUGGGGGAGAACUCCGGGACUGAUGGCAUGAUGGCUCUCAGAGUACUCAGACUUUUUAGAAUAACCAGGGUUCUCAAACUUAUCAGGCACUCUCAACAGAUGAUGUUGAUGCUGCUGGUGUUAAGGAACUGUUUUAGUGAGCUGGGAAUCCUCUUCUGUACCUGGUUGAUGGGAGCCUUGGUCUUCGGUACUAUCAUGCACUACAUAGAGGUGGACGCCGAUAGUGGCUUCGACUCAGUCCUCUAUGCAUGCUGGUGGGCCGCCGUGACCAUGACAACCGUCGGCUACGGAGACAUGACGCCACAAACAAACAUCGGCAAAGCGUUCGGCAGCAUGAUUCUGUUUAUCAGUAUGAUCUACAUCGCCCUCCCCAUGACACUUAUAGUCAGCAAGUUCAAUACUGCUCUGGAAGACUGGAAACAACAAGAACGAACUCAGAUUUAUUACAAGAAAAAGGCAAAUGAAGAACAGAGUCAGAGUAAUGCCGAUCAAGAGAAUGAACAAGCGGUUCAAGAGGCUUGAUAUUUUUUUGGGAAAAAUAAAGUUUAAAGUUGCUUUACGGAGAUGAUUAACGCUGUGCUUGCCACGUUUAAAGAAACGUAAUCGAGAGCUACUCUGUACUCGGAAGAAUCGUGGCUGAGACCGUUACUCGGGAGCCAUUUUGGUCGUGGUUGUCGAGAAUUCCAUGCAAUGGAUAAUUAAUACAAUCAGGAAAUCUGAGAUGUUAUCACCGGGCGACAAGAUCAGAUGUUUACGACAUGUAUGGAUGUCAAGUUUGUCGUUCGAUCAUAAAAUUAAACGUUGUACCAGAAGAAACUUUGGUGAUCAUUUAAUUAAUUAUACGAAUAUUAUUUCGGGUACGGAUAAUUAUUGUAUUCUUAUCAUUUUGAAUAAACAUACAGA